AUGGGAGAAGAAGACAAGCUGCAGAAGAAGACGAGCUGUGUGCUUACCGUCCAGCACAGUCAUGAGUUCGACUGGGAGGACAUUGCUGUGGGUGACUGUCCACGUGGUUCUGGCACAUGUAUCUUCGUGGCAGAUACGGGAUCCCAGCAUCACAACCAGGCCACGGUGUACGCUAUCAAGGAGCCUUCAGCAACACACACCCAGAAUGUUCAAGUCGCAGCUACCUAUGGUUACAAGUGGAGUGAGGGUUCGUCUGAGGCAAUGGUGGUAGAUUCAUCAGGAGAUGUGUACAUGUUCUCAGAAAACAGUGGAAAACCUGCUCACAUGGCAAAACUCCCCUCACAGAACUGGAACAAUGGGAAGGUCAAUACCAUUUACUCAACGCUGACUCUUCCAUUCACGUCGUCCAAUUCUGGUCCACUUGCAGCAGACAUCUCCCCAAGUGGCACAGACCUGCUGAUAAAGACGCUGAAUCACAUCUAUUACUGGAGCAUGCCUGAUAAGUCGGUCACUAAUGCCCUUCGACAUUCUGGCAUUGGCGUGCCUGAUGUGUAUGAAAAUCGUGGAGAGUCUGUAGCCUGGAAAUGGAAUGGUUCUGGGUAUUACACAGUUGCUCAAGACUCCCACCAGGCGCUUCACUUUUACCAGCGCAAGGCACCCAUUCCAUCUACUCAACCACGUCACACCACACCAAAGCCAACUCAUCACACAACACCAACUAAGCCAACAUCUCCUCACUCGGUUACACCGUUUCCAGAUACUGGUUACUACAAUGAGUUCGUGGAGAUUGGUCACGUCGAUUCCUCAAAGGGUCUGCAGAUGACGUCAGGUCUGGCAGCCAGCCGCAAGCAUCCAGGGUACCUGUACGCCAUCAAUGACAACAGCCACUCAACCAGUAUAUACAUUGUGGACGAAUGGACAGCUUCCGUGGUUGCUACACUGCAUGUGAUGUCCGCAUCAGCUUCUGAUUGGGAGGACAUUGCAGUAGGCCCUUGUCCUGGGUAUGAGACAUGUAUUUACAUCGCAGACACUGGAUCUGGCGGUCACCCAGCCAAGAACACCGUGUACAAGAUCAAGGAACCCAAACAGAUAAAGACACAGAAUGUUCACCUAGAAAAAUCUUUGCAUUUCACUUGGAGUAAAGGAUCGUCAGAGGCACUGAUGGUGGACAAAAAUGGUGAUGUCUACAUUUUGUCUGAAGCCACAGGAUCAGGAAGCAAACUGGCAAAACUGCCCAGCAAUGGAUGGGGCCAGAGCCAUCCAGUGACCUUAUCUCAUUUACUGACCUUGCCUCUUCACACAAGCACACUGGGUCCCGUUGCUGCCGACAUCUCACCUAAUGGGCAAGACCUGUUGAUCAAGACGGUGAACCACGUGUACCAUUGGCACAUGCCUGACGGGGAUGUGGAGAAGGCUCUUCAGCAUCCAGGGGAGCAGGUGGCAUAUCAUUCUGAAGGUCGAGGGGAAGCUGUUGCUUGGAACACAGAUGGGAACGGGUACUUCACGUUUGGGCAAACAGGAAAUGACAUCCUGUACCUCUUCCGCCAUCGAGCUGAUCCAGUUUGCAACUGGUGUCACUGAAACAACCCGACCUUUCACAAGUCGACACUGAGAUGGAAACGAAAUCUCA